CAAAUUGUUCUAAAGUUCUAAAGUGUAGUCAUGUCAACGAAUUUGGGAUCCAAGGAUGGCGUGCUCAUACGCAUAAUGAAAGUGUCGGACUAUCCGGAGCUAAAGAAUUUUAUGGGCAAGAAUUUUUUUAAUUCGGAACCACUGUGCGCCAGCUCCGGCGAGAAUGUGCAGCGACAUCAUGAGGAGGAGAAUGAUAAAUAUCACAUUUCGAUGAUUGAGCAGGGCACUUGUCUGCUGGCUCUGGAUGAGACUCAGCCUGGCCGCAUUGUGGGCUUUGUGCUCGCUGGCGCGCAAUAUCCCAGCGAUCUGGAGAAGCAUCGCAAGGAGGCCAUGGAAAUGGAGCAAAAUGUCUGGGGACGCAUUUGCGUGCUGCUCUCCAAAGUCGAAAUCGACGCCAAUGUCUUUGAGCGUUAUAAAGCAGCCAAGGCGCUUUACUCUCACAUCACCAAUGUGCAUACCUCGAUGAGGGGCAAGGGACUGGGUGGACGUCUAGCUGCUGCUCUCAUGGAUGUUGGACGCCAACAGGGAUUCCCGCUAAUGAUUGCCUACUGCACCAGCUACUACUCCGCUCGCCAAAAGGAAUCGCUGGGCAUGGAGUGUGUCUACUCCUUGGCCUAUGCGGACUAUAAAAAUGAUAAGGGCGAGGUGGUCUUCAAGCCGGAGGCGCCACACACGCAUCUGCGACUUAUGCUCAUCAAGCUUUAAGUGUUUAAUAAAUAUUAAAAACUGCUAUUGUUGUUAGGUAUAGUAAAAAUAUAA